AAUAAACGUAGCUAAGGAUAUUACACAAAAUGGCAGGAAAGGAUAAAAUAGUUGCGAUUGAGGAAGGAACUCAAUUUUCUAACAAUGAAAGGAUUGAGCCUUCUGGUUCUUUCUGCACUUCGUCUGCAGUGGUAGAAAUCAUUCAAAAGGUAAUUGCGGAAACAAUCGGAACAUACUUCCUGAUAUUUAUUGGGUGUGGUUCAGUAGCCGUUGAUAAGAUAUAUGGAUCACUAACAUUUCCGGGUGUAAGUGUGGCAUGGGGCAUGAUUAUCAUGGUCAUGGUCUAUUCCGUUGGUCAUAUUUCUGGUGCCCAUUUUAACCCUGCAGUCACCAUCACCUUUGCCCUAUUCCGCCAAUUCCCUUGGAAACAGGUC